AUGACGACCACAGGUGUAUGGCCCACUGACAAAGCAGGCUUUGAGAUGAAACGCAAGUCAUCUUUCUCACUGCUCGAUGCAAUGGCAACCCGUCCAGCACCAAAUGUUGAAGGGCAGGAUGGCGGUCGGAUGGAGAAACUCCAGCAACUUAUGGCGCACUACGAGCCCAAUGACCCAGAGUCCAUCCAGAAGUCUUUUGCUCGGCACUUGGAGUACUCCCUCGCCUGCACGCGGUUCAGCUUCACCAUGCAGGACGCCUACCGUGCCGCCGGCCUUGUUCUUCGCGAUCGGCUGCUGGAGUCACUGAAUGACACCAACACUUGGUACCGAGAGCAGGAUGUGAAAAGGGGGUACUACCUGUCGGCUGAGUAUCUGAUCGGCCGUCACAUGCAGAACGCCAUCGCCAAUUUGGACUUGGAGCAGCCGUUCAAGGAGGCCUUCGAAGAUUUGGGAAUGAAGCUUGAGGAUUUGUUCGGCGAGGAAGCAGAUCCCGCGUUGGGCAAUGGAGGACUGGGUCGCUUGGCUGCCUGCUUCCUCGACUCAAUGGCGACCCUGUCAUUGCCGUGCUGGGGUUAUGGCAUCCGCUACAGCUAUGGCAUGUUCAAGCAGGGCAUCAAGGAUGGUCGCCAAAUCGAAGAGCCAGAUUUUUGGAUCGGUGAUGGCUGCCCGUUUGAGAUCCCUCGUCCGGAUGUGACAUACCCGGUACGCUUCUACGGCAAAGUGGAAGAGGCCCAUGAGAACGGCCAGAAAGUGUCAAGGUGGGUCGGGGGCGAGAUCGUACAAGCCAUGGCCUACGACAACCCCAUUCCUGGCUUCGACACCUACAACACCAACAACCUGCGACUCUGGCGAGCCUGUCCCAGUGAGGAGUUCGACCUGGACGCCUUCAGCAGUGCGCAGUUCCAAGAUGCGAUCACACAACGCCGCAAAGCCGAAGAUCUGUCCGCCGUGCUCUACCCGAAUGACGCUACGUACGCCGGAAAGGAGCUUCGCCUUCGACAGCAAUACUUCUUCGUCAGCGCGUCUCUGCAGGACUUGCUGCGGGAGUUCAUCAAGCGACCAAACUUCAAGUGGGAAGAGCUUCCCCAGAAGGUAGCAGUACAGAUGAACGACACGCAUCCCACCAUUGCUGUGGCGGAGAUGAUGCGACUGUUGGUUGACGUGCAGAAGCUGGACUGGGACAGGGCGUGGGAGCUGACCAGGCAGUGCUUGAAUUACACCAAUCACACCGUCAUGCCAGAGGCUCUGGAAAAGUGGCCGGUUGAGAUGAUGGAGCGCAUGCUGCCCAGACACCUGCAGAUCAUUUACCACAUCAAUGGGAUCUGGAUUCAGAAGCUGCUGCAGAGGUGGGGGGAUGGACCCAUCAUCGCGGCCUUGAGCAUCGUUGAGGAAGGUGAUGUCAAGAAGAUUCGAAUGGGCCACCUUGCCAUCAUUGGUUCAAACAAGAUCAAUGGAGUUGCUGCCAUCCACACCGAGAUCAUCAAGAAGGAAACGUUUCCUGAGUUCUACAAGUGGUGCUGCGACAAUGGAGAGCACAACAAGAUUGUGAACAUGACGAACGGUGUGACGCCACGGCGUUGGGUUCACUGUGCCAACCCAGCUCUGAGUGAAAUUUUCACAGAAUACCUGGGCUCGCAAGAGUGGCUGACCGACAUGACGAAGCUGAAGGUCAUGUUGGACUACAAAGAGGACCCCAAGUUGCACGACAAGUGGAUGGCAAUGAAGAAAGGUUGCAAGGCCAAGUUGGCCGAUUGGCUGAAAUCAACGAUGGAUCUGGAGAUCGACCAAGAUGCCCUGAUUGAUAUCCAGAUCAAGCGAAUUCACGAGUACAAGAGACAGUUGAUGAACAUCCUUUUCGUCAUCCACCGCUACCUGGAGCUGAAGAAGAAAUCUCCGGGAGAGCGUGCAGCAGUCCAGAAGCGCGUGGUGCUGAUUGGAGGGAAGGCGGCGUCUGCAUAUGUGAACGCGAAGAUCAUCAUCAAGCUGAUCAACAAUGUGGCCAAGGUCAUCAACAACGAUCCAGACACGAAGCAGUACCUCAAGUGUGCCUUCGUGCCCAACUAUUGCGUGUCAGCCGCGCAAGUGAUGAUUCCAGCAUCGGACAUCUCCGAGCACAUUUCCACUGCUGGCACAGAAGCUUCCGGCACAUCCAAUAUGAAGUUUGUCAUGAACGGCGGUUUGAUUGUGGGAACCAUGGAUGGGGCAAACAUUGAGAUCAGAGAGGAAUGCGGCCCCGAGACCAUGUUCAUCUUCGGAUGUCAGGAGAACGAGGUAGCAGGGAUUUCCGCGAGGGCACAAGAGGGCCACUAUCCCAUCGACAGCCGUCUGCAGGCAGUCUUUGACGAGAUUCGGAACGGCAAGUUUGCGGGGCAGGCGGAGCCGGAGGCGCAAGCCGAGUUUGAGUCGAUCGUCAGCCGGCUUUGCAAUGCUCGCGCGGCAGGAACUUGGGAUGGAGACAAGUACUUGGUCAUUUACGACUUCCCAUCAUUCAUUGACGCUCAGGCAAGGGUAGACCAGACCUACAAGAACAAGUCGCAGUGGUGCAAGCUGAGCAUCCAAGCAGCGGCCUCCAUGGCGCAGUUCUCAACGGAUCGUACCAUGCGUGAGUAUGCAAAGGUCAUCUGGGGCAUCGAGCCAGCCAGGCGUCCGGUCGACGAGGAGAUGCAGGCCAGGAAGUCGGCGGUUGGCAAAGACAAGGAGACGCUCGCGCAGGAAGCUGCAGAACAUGCAGCUGCAAAGGAGACGGCCGCCAAGGAAGCCGCCCAGAAUGCAUCUGUAAAGGAGGCAGCCGCGAAGGAAGCUGCCAAAGCGGCUGCUGCAAAGGAUGCACUUGCCAAAGAGGCCGCGAAGGAGGCUGCGGCGAAGGAUGCGGAUGCCAAGAAAGCCGCAAAGGAUGCAGCAGACAAGGAUGUGGCUGCCAAGGAAGCUGCAAGAGAUGCCGCUGCCAAAGAGGCAGCUGCCAAGAAAGCUGCCAAGGAUGCGGCAACCAAGCGGCAGGCAGCCGAUAAGGAGGCUGGCAAGGCGUGA